CGGCGGCGUUAAUGUCAUGCUCGUGUAUCAUGUGUUCUGUUGAAGAGAACCAAUAUUGAUUUAUUAAUCAACAUUAUUUAUAUUUUAAAACUCAUUUGUUUACGUGAAGAAUUUUCAUUUCUGAUCGGCCAGUAAAUACGCGUAUCUUGUAAUUGCUAAGUAGUUAGUUAGGGCUGGUUAUCCUAGACUCAGGUUCAGUGGGAGUCAGUAAGGUUAGGCUAACUAGGACUAUACUUUGUUUGGGUUCUAGUUGGCAUAAUCACUUUUAUUUAGGGCCUAGUGAAACCUACACAGGCAAGAGCGAUUACAGUGGAUUUUCUUAACACAAAGGGUUUUAAACCUCUGUAGAAGAGUAAAUUUUGAUUGAGAUCAUUGAAGAGCUAUAAAUAUUCAACACAAAAUGUCUUCAAAACGCAAUCAUGAUGAAGGGUCAUCGGAGAGUGAGAAGAAAACUGAUUCUGACCAGAAAGAAGAUCAGAGCAAGAGACAAAAGAUGACGUUUGGAUUCACAAAGACUGCACCGAAACUAGGAAAGGGAAUUAAUAUCAACAAACCAGUUAAGGCUAUCAACAUGAAACUGGAAAAUCAGAACAAAAUCACCCCGUUAAACAAGCCACUGAAGAAUGUUUUUAACGAUGAAAGUGACGAGGAAGAGGAAAUGCCACCUGAAGCUAAGAUGAGGAUGAGAAACAUUGGCAGAGAAACUCCAACUUCUGCUGGUCCAAACUCAUUUGGGAAGACAAAACAGGGAUUUUGUGAUGCGAAGAAGGUAUUUGAAAAGAACCUGAAAAAAGCAGCGCUUGAAGCAGCGUCGGAAGAAGAAGAGAGUCGGAGGAAAACAUGAGAUUAGAUAUAAGUUUGUAACUAUUUUAAUUUUUAACCAAACCUUUAACUUAUGUAAAAGCAUUUAUGCAUGCUUAUUAGAUCAGUCUGUGUAAAGAUUUAAGAAUAAACUGGUAGAAAGAAA